AACUAGCGAAGGUUUGUGUUUUUGUGUUAGGUACCUACUUAGAAUAUUGAUUUUAAUUUGCCAUUUCUUAAGGUAAUAUAAAUAAAUCUAAUCUAAAUUAUCUAUUCAAGACAUAAAGAAAUGUAAACGUAAUAAUUAAUCGAAAAAAACAUGGUAGGUAUAUAGGAGAAGGCAAGUGAGAAGAAGUAGAAAUGCUAAUGUAAAUGAUUUCUUGCUUGUUUAGUUGAGGAAAGAUUCUGAUCUUUUAAAUCAGAGAUAUAUCUCGUGAAGAAGACUAUUAAUUAACUAUGGAAGACUUGAAAACAUCGCUUAAUCAGUAUAGCGAACAGCUUUCUAUGGUGAGUGAUGCCUUGGCAGGUACAGAAGAUAGCAAUGAACGCGAACCCCUAUUGGCCCUUCAAUCAGAAUUGAAAGAACUAAUAAAGUUAACUCAGGAGAGUGUAGAGGCUCUAUCCUCCAAGGAAUCGGCUCCAACGGAGAAUACCAGCCAAAAUAGAGCACAGGAUGGUAACACAGAACUGGAUGAUGAAUAUGCUUUAUUCAUGAAAGAAAUGGCUGACACGGGUGCUUAUGAAGCUGGUAACUCUAGAUGUGAUACAGAAGGUUCAAAAGACAACAAUGACCCUGAUAAUGAUGAUGAAAGCGAUAUUGAGGAUGAACUUGCAACCCUUUUGGGUAUGAAGUGUGCAGUGUACCACACUCAUAAGUGGGGUGGGCAGCCCAGUCUCCAUAAUGCAAUGGUCAGUGCUGUCAUACCCCGACAGGAUGAGGACCAGUUCAAUGAUUUACAGGUCAGAGUUCUAUUCACACAUCCAACCCAUGUAGAAAUGUUGCCCUGCCCAUUCUUCCUUGAUGGUGAAUGUAAAUUUGAUGAUGAAAAAUGUAGAUAUUCUCAUGGUUCUAUAGUUCCACUGUCCAGUUUAAAAGACGCCAUUGAGCCUAAUUUUGGUGCAGUGCGAAUCGGGAGCAGAGUUCUGUUAAAACUAAAACCCCCUGAUGACGAAGAUAUAAGACUAACAAGAAAGUCAACAGAAAAGUACCAUCUUUGGCAUAGAGCUGUAGUUAAAAGUCUGGAUAUAGAUGAGAGAGUGUGUACAGUGAAAUUAGAACAUGGCGUGAAGGUUGGAGAAAAAAGGAAGACUGGCUCAGGAUCUGAUGAGCUUUACGUUAAGUUUGAAGAAAUAUUCCCCUUGAACACGGAAGCAGACGAAGAUUCGGAGUCAGAUAGCAGUGGCAGUGACACUGAAUACCCAGUGCACAAAUCGGCACGCUCAGAGGCCGAGGAAUUCCAACACGCCAUGCUCGUGGAAAAGAGCCUGCAGUUCAACGGCCCUGCUAUGGGCGAGUGGGAGAAACACACAAGAGGCAUAGGCUCGAAGCUGAUGCUGGCGAUGGGCUACGUGCCGGGUACGGGGCUUGGCGCGGCAGGCGAGGGCCGCGUGCAGCCGGUUGAGGCGCGCGUGCUGCCCGUAGGCAAGAGCCUCGACCACUGCAUGGCCAUCACCGAGAGAGCUGCCGGGCAAGAUCCGCUCAAGGUAGAACAGAAACUACGUAAACUGCAAAAGAGAGAAGAGGAGCGAAAUAAACGCGCUUACGAACGUGAAAAGGAAAAAGAGAGGAGAAAUGUUUUUAACUUCCUCAACCGGACUUUAGGCGACAAAGCCGACGGCCCUGAACCGACGGUAGCCACUAAAAUGGACAUAAAACAAUCUACAACUAAGAAUUUGAACAUCGAACAGUUCAAAAUAACAGAAGAUGCUAGAAGGGUAGAACGGGAAAUAGUAAAACUGAAUACUUCCCUAACAAGACACGCGCCAGGUUCAGCUGGACAUAGAAAUGUGAACUUGCAAUUAAUGGAGAGAAAUAAAGAGUUGACAACCCUAAGAAAUAAAGAAAAAGAAAUCAGUAAAGAACAAAAUCAGAGAAAAAAUAAAGAAAAGAUGACAGUAUUUUAACUUUUGAGUUCUAUUUUCUAGUUAUUAAAUAUUUAUUAAAG